AAAUGAUCAAUCCAAUAUCAUGAGUGGAAAACGUCGGUUCUUCUCGCUGCUCUUGAACAAAAUAAGGCCUUUGACAAUCCUUUGCAUCGUUGUGAUGAUGGUCUUACUGAUCAUAUUUCACCAUCAUAACAAAAAAUCAGUGGAAACCCGUAGAUUUUCAAUGGACUGGAUCAAAGGCUUGGAAAGACCUCAAAGUUUCGAAGGAUUCAAAUCAGAAUUAUUCACGAACGAAAUAGACGCAGUAAUUAAUCCUUGGCUGGCCCGGCUCAAAAUUUGCACGGACAGGUUGAAAAUGACGCUAAAUAUUUGGGACUCGAGUCGCAAAUCGCCCGAGGCUUCAAAAGUGCUGAGCACCAGCAAUGAUUACUCUGGGCUAAUGAAUGAGUCCCUGAGUAAUGAUGACGACUGUGAAAAUGGGACAAGGUGGGCUGUGAUCACAACAAUAGCCGAGACAAUGACGAAACCCAUGGAAGUUGUGCUGAGUCAGGGCUGGUGUUUGGUUGCUGUCGGUGAUGUAAAAAGUCCCGCCAAUUUCAAAGUCACCGUCAGAACGUCAAGGUUUAUCUUUUUGACAGUCCAGGAUCAAAUGCGGUUGCCCUUUAAAAUCGUCUCAAAGACCCCGAAGAAUUCAUUCAUGCGGAAAAACAUCGGCUAUCUCUUCGCAAUGUCAAAAGGAGCAAAAGUCAUUUUAGACAUUGACGACGACAAUGAGCCAAUUCCAGUUAAAAUCGGCGAUGACAAGAAAAUAUUCAUACCCGUCGAAACUGAGCUAAAAAUAUAUCAAAGGCCUCUAUUGUACAAGGAAAGCUAUCUGACUGUUUCAGCGGAUUCACCUGUUUGGAACCCAUACGUCCAUUUUAACUUGACCCAAGCCUGGCCACGUGGGUUUCCUUGGGACUUCAUUCCGGGCUUAGUGCCUACUGAAAUUGGCAGGACGAAGGACCAGUUUUGCAAACCAGUUAUUCAGCAAUACAUUGCCGAUAUUGAGCCAGAUGUCGAUGCCGCAUUCCGACUGACUGAAAAGCUUCCGAUUUAUUUUGAACCGGACACCGAUCGUCAGACGAUUGUACUUCCUAGAAACGUCUUUGCUCCAUAUAAUGCUCAGCUUGCCUCCAGGUCAAGCAAGACAAUUCUGCCAUUUUCAUCAACAGCCGCCUUCACAGCCACCAAAGUGGUGGCCAAUGUGGCAGCUGUGAAGGCAGCCGUUGAUGAAAAUGGCGGAAUUGCCUUGGAUGACCUGGAGGCAACCCUUAGAAAGAAUUUCGAGUCCUACAUCACCCAGAGUUUGCUUCAUCUGCAGCCAGAGGCCUGCGUCAUGUUCACCUCACCAGCUGUUAAACACGUUCGGAAUCCCCACAAUUAUAAAAGAGAUUUUCUCAAAGAAUUGCCAUUGUAUGGAAAAGCUUCCAGGUUUGUGGAAAUUGUUCGAAAUUUUCCGCAAAAUCCAGAGACUUUUGGAGAAGCCUUCUUGAACGUGUAUCAGUUGCUCUUUAAAUCAGGUUUGCUUCAAGAAGAUGACGUUGACUAUGCCAAUCUCUGGCUGGAAGAUUUGAAAUCACUGGGCGUCAGUCUGCCAAAAAUGAUCCCAAAAACCGUGUUUACUCGACAAACGAAACUUUGCCUUAGUUUCGUUGAAUCGAGGGAAAAUUCAUUUUUGAAAGAAUUCGAGACUAAAAUUUCCCCAUUCUUCAAAAACGUGGUCCGUUUUUCCAACGGGAGAAAAUCGAAUGACGUCGAACAAGUGGGAAUUUCGGAGAGUUGCAACUCGAAAAACAGCGACGCGUUUGUAAAUUAUUCCAUGUUGAUUCAAAGUGAUUUUUCUGGGGACAAAUUUUGGUUGCCUCGGGCUACGGAGCGUGAAGAAAGAUUCGUGGAGGACCCAGUUGUGUUGGAAGAACUUUUCCGGAACAUAUCGAGCAAAAUAAACGUCAAUUUUCCGAUAAAUUUCAAGAAAAAUGACCGAUUACACCGGAAAUACGCUGAAAAUUUAGUUUAUAUCCCAGGAAAAAUGCUGAGGAACAUGAGCCUAGUUUUGGGAGUGGUUGAAAAUCUCAAUCCGAAUUUAUCAUCGGGAACUGUGACGUCAUUGGUUGUGAGCCUCGUUUCUGAAAUGGAAGGCAACGAAAUAAUGUCCCCUCAAAUUCAAACAAAGGAAAAGAAGAUUUCGGGUGAAAAUUCGCAAAGAAUUGCGUUGAAAAAUGACAUUUUUGUACGUCCUUUGUUGCUUGAGUCACCGGCGUUGCGAAGUUUGUGGCGAGACGCGAUGGCUGAACAAUUUAUGGGCCUUGUUCAAGAAAACGCGAGUCCGAGAAGAGUGAUUCAUUGCAGCCACACGAAGAACAUCGUUCAUGUACAAAAUGGGGAAAACAUAGCACUAGAAGCCUCCGCGGAGGAGAGUUACCACAGCUAUGAGUUCGAGCUGGGUUCCACCCGCCCAUUGGCGGGCAUUGGGCACCGCCAUCUUCAAGUCAAAGAGCUGCAAGAGUGUCAAAGUUCUGCAGGCUCGGAUGAUGACCCUCUUCAUCAGCCAACUGAUGGUUCGAUGAGCUUCGAAGUAUCUCCGGGUUACCAAAAUGUUGAUGAAGCAGGAUACGAGGAGGAAUCCCCAAGAGUGCAACAGCAGGCUGGGCGUAAUGGGCUCGAAGUCGUCAGCAGAACCGGAGGUGGUUUCGAUCCUAAUGCGACAACCGGGUCAUUUAAACUGGAUGUGCCCAACAUCAAGGGUUUGAAGGCCAUGUACCCCUCAGCCCCCUUUUUUGCUGUCAUGACCCCGUGGAGGGUCGUUGCGAAGCCGUUUCCAGCAAAGGGCAAGGCAAAGUAUAUAGGACUUUACAUUGCCUGCGAUGCCAAGUCCAGCAACAAGGAAUGGAGUAUCAGCACGGACUGCGAAUUGCGAAUUUAUCGGCCGAAUGGAUCCUUUUUCUCCAAAACAUUCAAACACGUGUUCGUGGAUAAAAAGCGAGAAAAGGGCAUCGAUCAGUUCGUGACCAUGAAUGACCUGAAGCAGUAUCUUUUCAGAGACAAGGGCUUAGUUGAGCUGGGUUCCACCCGCCCAUUGGCGGGCAUUGGGCACCGCCAUCUUCAAGUCAAAGAGCUGCAAGAGGGUCAAAGAUCUGCAGACUCGGAUGAUGACCCUCUUCAUCAGCCAACUGAUGGUUCGAUGAGCUUUGAAGUAUCUCCGGGUUACCAAAAUGUUGAUGAAGCAGGAUACGAGGAGGAAUCCCCAAGAGUGCAACAGCAGGCUGGGCGUAAUGGGCUCGAAGUCGUCAGCAGAACCGGAGGUGGUUUCGAUCCUAAUGCAACAACCGGGUCAUUUAAACUGGAUGUGCCCAACAUCAAGGGUUUGAAGGCCAUGUACCCCUCAGCCCCCUUUUUUGCUGUCAUGACCCCUUGGAGGGUCGUUGCGAAGCCGUUUCCAGCAAAGGGCAAGGCAAAGUAUAUAGGACUUUACAUUGCCUGCGAUGCCAAGUCCAGCAACAAGGAAUGGAGUAUCAGCACGGACUGCGAAUUGCGAAUUUAUCGGCCGAAUGGAUCCUUUUUCUCCAAAACAUUCAAACACGUGUUCGUGGAUAAAAAGCGAGAAAAGGGCAUCGAUCAGUUCGUGACCAUGAAUGACCUGAAGCAGUAUCUUUUCAGAGACAAGGGCUUAGUUGAGGGUGUUGUGAAUUGUCAGCCACCGAAAAAUGUGGAAUGGGACAGCAGGAAAAUCACGGGAUACGUCGGGAUCAUCAACCAAGGGGCCACUUGUUACAUGAACUCGCUGCUCCAGGCUUUGUUCGCCACUGCUGAAUUCCGCUACACAAUUUACAAGAUACCGACGGAGUUUGACGUCAAGAUAAAGAGUCCGGCUCAGGGAAUGCAGAGGAUUUUCUAUCAUAUGCAGUUUAGCCCCAAGGCUGUGGAAAGUUUAUUGGAUCGACUCGGCGAAAGAAUGGUGGGAACCCGUUUGGAAGGAACAGUUGAUCGGCUGUUUGGUGGCUUAACUAUAAACUAUUCAAGAUGUCCAAAAGUGAACUGGAAAAAUGAAAGAGUAGAGCCGUUUCAAGACAUCGGUCUGAAUAUCAAAGGAAAGAAGACAAUCAUCGAUUCCUUCCAACACUACGUGAAAGUGGAAAAGUGCAAAGGAGCAGACAAGAUUCAAACUGAGGAAUUUGGACCUCAGGAAGGCGUAAAGGGAAUGAUUUUCAAGCAUUUCCCACCGGUCUUGUACCUCAUCAUGGGUCGAAUAUCCUUCGACAUGAAGCAAUUCAAGUUUUUGAAAAUUAAUGACAAAGUGAUUUUCCCGGUCAAGAUGAAUCUAGACAAGUUUCUGGACGAGAGGGUGGAAGAGAAGGCAGACUUUGUCAUCAGUUCUGUUCUUGUGCAUAUUGGGGAUGCCAACGGGGGUCAUUACUUGGUCUACGUCGACCCCAAGUGCGAUGGAAAGUGGCGAAAAUUUGAUGACGACAAUGUGUCACUGGCCACGAAGCAAGACGCUGUUGAUGGCAAUUACGGAGGCAAAGGAACCCGAGAAAAUCCCAUGAAAGGAAUGACAAACGCCUACAUGUUGGUGUAUUUCCAGGAAUACAUGAUGCAAAAAUUGACUAGAGACAUUCCGCUGUCGGAGAUUCCCGAAGAGAUUGUUGCCAUUUUUGAAGGUGAAAAGGCAGAAGACGAGAUAAUUGCCAGAGAAUGGAGCAAGCGAUUCCAGUUGAUGACAGUGAGGUGUCUCAUAGAGGCUGGUCUCAGUUCCCAUCAAAAGCCAGAUUUGUAUGAUCCCAAAAAGCCGAGAGCUUUGGAGUUCAGAGUACCAAAAACCGAGUUGAUGAACAACUUCCUCAAGAGACUCCAGUCAGCUUUUGCGGCAGAGAGGAAGGCGACUUGGGACGUGUACUUGGACCUGGCUAGACCCUCUACGGAUCCCCAUUUGGAACCUCAUGACCCAAGCAACAGUUGCUUUUGCUUCUUCAAAUACUUUGACCCGACUCAGGCCAAGCUCAUCUACGUCGGCGCCAAAAGCAUUCCCCACAGCUAUUCCACAAAUCAAAUGAAGGCAAUUGGGGCAAAAAUGGCCCACUUGCCUGAAGAUUCGUACAUUGACCUGUAUCACGAAGUGAAUCCGGAUAAAGUUGACUUGGUCAAUUUAUGGGGAUUCACGAGAGUUUUCAAGAUUGCAGAAAAGGUGGAAGAUGGAGAAAUCUUCUGCUUCAUGUUGUGGCAACGCGGAGAAUUCGACUACGCGAAUCCCGCCGAAUUUUUACUGGACCAAUCCUCGCAGCUCGUUGUCACGUACGUCGACAAUAUGGCUCGACCGAAAGAUCGCGGAGUGAAGAUCGACACUUCCAUAAAAUUCAAAUAUGAUCAAAUUCGAAGGUUCCUUGGACGACAUAUCGGCGUCAGUCCUACACAUCUGAAGCUACACAAACCGAAUCACGUUGCUGACAAGGCUGGAGAUGUUUUGAAUUCGAGUUGGGAAGGAGAUGUUCAAGAAUUGUUUGAGAGGUUCGACAACCGAAAACCCAAAAAGUUCUACUACGAAAUCAUGCCAGUUCCGACUGACGAAGUCGACACGCGAGAAAGGAUGACGGUGUCGUAUAUUGAUAAUUUGUACGUGGAAACGACCGACAUCACGGUUUAUCCGCCAAAGGGCUCCAACGUAGACGCUUUGCUGGAGGAGGUGAAGAAGGACUUUGAUGUUGAAAUGGGUCUUCGAGGAGGUUCGAAACGCUUCAGGAUGUUGGAUAUUGUCAACUUCAAGAUCACCAGGAUUUUCGAAAACAAAACCCCACUUUCCAAUCUGCAGGCCAACAAAAGAUACCGAGUGGAAGAAGUUUUUGCUGAGGAAUUGAACCUGCCUGCCACCAGUUGCUUGAUGCAAGUAGUUCACUUUAACAAGUCCCCGGCUUCUCUUCACGGUCAUCCAUUCUUCAUCCGAAUUGAAGAUUACAAAUUUGCACUCGUGAAAGGAAACAAGGCGGAGUACGUGACGCCCAAGGAUUACACCAAGAUCAAGAUCAAGGAUUUCAAGAAUAAUCUCGAAAUGUUUUUUGGGAUGGACCAUGCUAAGAAGUUCAGACAGCGCAAACGUCCAGUUGGAAUUGUGAAGGGACCAGAAGAUUCUCUCCACUACACUGGCGUUCCCCAUCAGUGA